AUGAGUCCUCAGUGGAUACCACAAAAUAUUCAGAAGAGAUUGCUACUAUAUGUGCUAAAUCAACUAUCUUUAUUUUCAGAAGUUGAUCUACCUAAUCUUGAAGAAGUUUCAUUAAAUAAUAUUACGUUAAAAGAUGUAACGAUAGAUCCAGAAAAAUGUGGUAAAAUACCUGGAUUCAAUCUUAGGUUUGGAAAAUUAGGGGUGAUGGAAUUAUCAACUGUGUCAGGUAUUAGUGGAGUUAAAAUUGACGUUAAGAAUGCUGAGAUAGUGAUAUCACCUGAUUUUGAUGAUGAAAAUACAUCCCAAUCGCAAUUUUCUUUAGCUCGAAGUACAGCUGAUCUAGCAAAUACAAUUAUGUUGGACACAGAUGAAUUAAAAAAUGAAUCCGCCAUUGAUAGUGAUGAGGAUUUAGAGCUUGAAGAAACUGAAAAAGAAAAAGACAUGAGACCUAACUCGAGGAGAAGAAGUUCCACUAUGUCUAACAAGUCUGCUUUGGGUAAUGUGAUGCAAAAGGCAGUGGAUAUGGCUCUACUGAGAUUACAAAUAAAUAUUACAAAUAUAAGCAUAAAGUUAAUAACUGAACUGACUGACCUAGUGUUUGAGGUUGAGGAAAUGAACAUAAGUACGAUAAACGGGACUAGAAAGAUAACUGCUAAAGGGACUAAGUUGAAAACAUUAAGACCAAUUGUGGAGACAGGAGAUUUGAAAACCGAAAAAUCGAAUUCAAAUACGUCAAAUGACGAUGUGGACGAUGGAUAUGAAGAAAAUGACUAUGGAGAAGAAGAAUUGAUGAAUAGUAUGGUAUUCACUCACGAGGAGGCUAGUUCAAUUUACAUGAGUGCCACUUCACAAUCUUUUGAAAAACCUAUUGAAAAUAAUGGGUUACUAGAUAACAAGCAACAAAACAAUGGUAACAAACCACCGAUUUUAUUGUAUAUGAAUCAAUUUACUGUUGAAUUCGAAGGUCUACAAGCUAUUUCAAAUUUGGAUAUUGAAAUUGAUGAAAUAAAUUUUGCAUUUACACCUAUUGCCCCGACUUUAAUCAGUAUUUUAAGUGGAAUCGCUAAAACUUUGAAAGUUAAACAUUACCAGCGAAGGCGAUCAUCAAAAUUUUCAAAAAAUAAGAAUGAAAAAUUCCCCCAAUAUUCAAAUGAAGAUGAUUCACUUCCGGAAAGUGAAAUAUUUGAGGAUAAUGCAUUUAAUACUCAGCCAUUUUUUAACGGUCUAAGUUUGGGUAUCUUGAAAAUCAACUCAACUUCAGCUAUUGGAUUAGAUGGGUCAUUCAUUGUAAAAAGUGGUUUAACUAUAAAUUUUGAAAACAUCAUCAUCAAACAGAAAAAUGAAUUGAGAUUAUUUGGUGGGGUAGAAACUAUAACUAUAGAAGAUAAGGAUUCCAAAGUGUUUUACUUUGAGACUUUAAAUGAAAUGAGCAACAGAUCAGUCUCGCCUCUGAGUAUUCUGUCAGGUGCAUCAGUUACUUCAAAAGCAGACUUUAGAUUUGAAGUAUUUCAAAAAGAAGAUUCAAGUGUGGAAACCACAUUUCUAUUAGCAAAAACUGCUUAUCUUAAUUUGGUUCCUGAAUCAUUGAUUGAGAUUGUAAACAUUUUUAAAACAUUGUCCUCAAUAUAUGGUGAGUUUACCAAAUUUCAAAACAUAUUAAACAACACACGGUCAUUUAGAAAUGACAGCAAAAAAGAAGAACUUAAACCAGAAAAUCAUCUUAUAUUUCAAACCGCUAGUAUUGCAACCAAUUUAAAGUUAUCUAUAGAUACUUCUUUGCAAUUAAGAAUAUUACCGAUAAAAUUUGCUUCAACAGAGGGAGAACUAUCAAUUCCAUCAAUAUAUUGUAAUGGAUUGAUUGAAAAUGUACCAGUGACCAACAUAAUCAACAUCAACAGAAUAAAUAUAUGUUUAAAACCUCAAGACCUCAGAUCCUAUAUUCAGCCUCCACCUACAAAUACAAUAGGAUCAAAUGAAAAACCUAAAUUAGCAAACGUAAAGACAAAGUUGGUUGUAUUGAUAGAUGAAGCAAGUUUUGCAUUAGACAGUAAGCAUUUAAAACUUAUUAUAAAAGAAUUACAAUCGAUUGCUCAAAAGUUGAAAGAUCCAAUAACUUCGGCAAAAAAACAGGAACGUCAACCAUUGGGCCUGUCUAGUGUCAACUUAAGAAGAGGUGUUCGAGUUGGAAUAGGUAUGGGUAAUAGCGCUGUUGGAACAACUAAAUAUAAUAUAGCAGAUUAUUUUAUAAACCUCAAAAAAGUUGAAGUUAAAAUCAACAAUAUUCUACCUAAAUUUGGUAGUAUAGAGACGGAAUUUACAAAUAUUGAUGUAUUCAAAGUAAGAAAUGAAAUUUUAGGUUCUGUACAUGCACUUCAAUUUACAAGAUCUAAUAAAGAUGCGUUUUUACACCAUUAUCAAAAUCUACCAUCAAAUGAAUUAAAAAUACCUUUGAUUUUGUUUAGAUAUAAAGGAUUUGAAGAACUCUUAGAAGUAAGUGCCAGAGAUCUAAUGUUAGAAUAUUAUACAAAUUGGUUAUCAUUAUUUGGAAAAGACGAAUCAAUAAUUGAACAAGUCGAAGAAGAAUUGAUUGAUACAAGUCCUCCAAAAGCUAAAAAUUCUACAAAUAGAUUUGACAUUCGAAUGACACUUUAUAAUUGUGCUAUCGGUUUUUUACCAGGGAGGUUAAAAUGUAAAAGUUAUUUGACAAUUUCGAAAGUUAAUCUGGAUUUUGUAUUUACAUCAAAUCAAUUUUAUAUAAAAAGUUCAUUUCGAGAUAUCAAUUUAUUGUUGAUUGAUGAUUUAAAAAAUGUUUUGAUUUCAAAAUCUGAUGGAGAUACUACCGUUGAUUAUUUAUUGAGCAAAGGUUAUAUACACAUUGGAGCAAUAAAUAUCGCACAUCUUGGAUUGACGUUUAAUACCAAUAUUGAAGAAAUUAAACGUAAAAAUCAAGAAUUGGGAAUUAGAGACAGUUUAUCAAUUAUUGAUUUCAAAAUAAAUUCAGACGAAUUACAACUAGAUUUAUGUCCUGAUUCAUUCAACGCAUUAGUGCAAUUAAUUAAUGAUUUAAAACUACCUUAUGAUUUUGAGGACAAGGAUAAAAUGGAAAUUAAUAUUAAUAACGAAAUUGAUGUUUUAAAAGAUAUUGAUGAUGAGAUGUUCAAUGACUUAUCGGAUGCAUUCACUGAAAUGAAUCUUGGGCCAGAUAGUUUUUCUAAUAGUGAGACUGGAUCUACAUCUAAUUCUCAAUCAAGCUCAGGUAUAAAUUUUCAAGAUGAACAUUUUGAUUACACUUCUCAAAUAGACAAUGAAAAGAUUGAUCCAUUGAAAAUAAAUAUUAAUUUGACUAGAGUUAAGUUUUAUAUGUAUGAUGGAUUUGAUUGGAGAGAAACUAGGAAAACUAUUCGAGGUGUUGUAAAGAAAUUAGAAUCAAAACAAAAACUUAAUGUAAACACGACAAACGCUCGAGAUCAUUUACCGAUGGAGGAAGAACAUUUUGAUGAAAGUGAACCACCAACUAUUGAAGAGAAUUUGUUUCAAUCAAUCCAUGUUAGUGCACCGAAAGGAUCAAAUAUUGAUCUUACAAAAAGUAUCAACUUCGGCUUACAAAAUGAUGAAUUUGAAGAGUUUAAUGAAGAUAAAGUGAAUGCUAAUAUUGAAAAAGGUAAAAAUUAUAAAAAUUUGAAAUUAAAAAGAUCAAUGUUUCAUAAAUUAUUAUUUGAUUUAAAAAAUAUCGAUCUUGGUGUUUCAGUUUAUUCAACUAGAGAUCCGAGAAGAGAUAAAACUGAUCCUAAUUUAAAAUUUGAAUUAUUGAAUCAAAUUGAAAUAAAUUUAGAUACUCUUGAUAUAUAUGAUAACGUUGUUAGUUCCACAUGGAAUAAAUUUUUAUCAUACAUGAAUGUUUUAGGAGAAAGAGAAAUUGGUACAAGUAUGUUAAGAUUAAAUAUAUUAAAUGUUAGACCAAAACCAAGUUUAGUUGCUAGUGAAGCCAUUAUAAAGGUAUCAAUUUUACCAUUAAGAUUACAUAUUGAUCAAGAUACAUUGGAUUUUAUGGUUAGAUUUUUUGAAUUUAAAGAUAAAAGGUUUGAAUUACCACCUGAUGAAAUUUUAUAUAUUCAAAAAUUUGAAAUUAAUAUGAUAAAAUUAAAAAUAGAUUAUAAACCUAAGAAAUUGGAUUAUGUUGGAUUAAGAUCAGGUAAAUCUGCUGAAUUGGCAAAUAUUUUCAUUUUGGAUGGAUCGAAAUUAACUUUACCAGGAGUCAAGUUAUUUGGUAUGUCAGGAAUGCCUGAAUUAGGUCAAGGCUUGGGUAAAGCGUGGAAUAGUGUUUUUCAAUCAACUCAAGUUUUAGGAUUAAUAUCAGGAGUUUCAUCGUUGAGAUCAAUUGUUAAUAUAGGUAAUGGUUUUAAGGACUUGAUUUUGAUUUCUAAAAAGGAAUAUAAAAAAGAUGGUAGAUUUUGGAGAAGUUUACAAAAGGGAACUACUUCACUUGCAAAAACUACAGGUUAUGAAUUAAUUAAUAUUGGUGUUAAAUUAGCUUCUGGAACACAAGUUUUAUUGGAACAAGGUGAAGAAAUGUUUGGAGGUGAAGGAUCAUCAGCACGAACCAAUAAAGUAGUUAAACGAAGAAAUUCUGAUGCAUCUGAUGAUUCUAUUCCUGAAACUUCAAACAUACCUAGUGGUGGUAUGGGACCAAAUGUUUUAUUAAGUUCAGAAAUAUUGAAUAGAAAAGCUAUGAAAAUGAAAUAUGGACAGAAUAAAGAAAGUUAUGAAGGUUUGAAAUAUUCAAAUAUUUUAGAAAUUGAUGAUGAUUAUGGAAAUUCAUUAGGUUUGGAUCAAGAAUUUUUGAAGAAAUCAAUUUUUUUAUUACCACCAACUGAAGAAGAUGAUGAAGAUAAUGGAGAUAGUGGAGAUAAUUUAAAAGAAAAAUCAAAUAAUAAUAUAGUUAAAUCUAGAAGUAAUUCAGCCAAUACCAAUAGUUCAGAUGAAUAUGAUAUUUUUGCAAUAAAUGAAGAAGAUGAAGAAGAAUUUAAAGAAAAAAUGAUAAGUUUAUAUUCAAAUCAACCACAAUCGAUUCAACAAGGUCUUUCAAGUGCUUAUAAAUCAUUAGGUAAAAAUUUUAAAUUAACUGGAAAACAAUUAAAUAAAAUAAAAAAUGAAUUAAAUGAUCAAAAAACUUAUCAAGAUUCAGUAGUUACAAUAUUAAAAAAUUCACCAAUUAUAUUAAUUAGACCAAUGAUUGGUACAACUGAAGCUAUAUCUAAAACUUUAAUGGGAUUAGGAAAUAUGGUUGAUUCUAAAAAUAUAAUUGAAAAUAAAGACAAAUAUAGAUCAGAUAAAGAUGAUGAAAAAUAG